AUGCAAUAAUAGACAUACAUAGAGAGUAGUUACAGUAGUCAUAGUAGUAGUAGUAGUGAAAACGAGAAUAAAGAUGUUCUUUUCUCACCUGUAUUUAAUUCUUUGAAUACUUCAGUUUAGGGAUGCAAACGAGAUACAAUUACUAUCAGAGUAAUUUGACAUAACCAAAUGGUCCAAACAUGUUUUGCCAUAACAAUCUUAAGUAGACAAGACUCCAAAACCAAAUAAAAAGCAAGUGGGCAAAAAAACUAAGAUUAAAAUCAAUACAUCUUCAUCCAUUUCACCUUAGAAAAAGAAAUCAAAAAUCAAGAGAGUAUAUAGACCAACCCUCUAUGUAGCCCAAAAUGAAAGACAUUAAGCCAUUAAAUUUAGAAAGUGAGAAGCAUCUGUUUUUUGCCAUGAAAGCUGCUUACAAUCCAUAAUUUGAAUAUGUUGAAGUUAAGGUUUCAUCUAAUUUCUAUUUAAAAGGAACUUGGUCCAGAUCAACCUCAUCGUAAAUAUGAAGAAAUUGCAUUAAAAAUUAUUGAUUAAUGUAUUAAAGAAUUUGGAUCUGAUUUGAAAUAUGCUGAACAAGAAGGAGGUAAACUACUAUCAAUUGAAGAAACUGAACAUUUCUUUAAUGAUUAUAUUCAUAAAUUAGGUGUUUAAGAUUUGAUAUCUUAUGAAUUUCAAGAUCAUACUGUAGCUCCAACUAGUGUUGUACAUAAUCCAACUGAUGGAAAAAGUAAAGUUAUCAUAGGUUUACCAAUUAACUAUCGCAUAAAUCGUAUUGAAGGAGUAUUGAAUCAUGAGAUUGGAACACAUUUCAUUAGAAAAAUAAAUGAUAGAUAAUAAUAAUGGUAUAAGAAAAGGUAUAAAUUAAAUUGAUCAAGAGCUAAAUAUCAUCUGGAACCAUACUUAAAACAUGAAGAAGGAUUGGCUGUUUUGAAUCAAGUACUUCCAUAGGCUCUUAAAUAGAAAGGCAAACCUUAUUUAUUUAUGGCUGCUUUGCAUUAUAUUUCUGUAUAUAUGAUUUAUUAAUUAAUAAGUCAAUAUUGGCUAGUUAAAUGAGUUUUGCAAAAUUAUUCCAUGAAUUAAGACACUUUAUUUAAGAUGAUGAGGCUAGAUUCAGAGAAUGUUUAAGAGUUAAGAGAGGAUUAAAGGAUACAUCAUAAUCAGGAGGAAUGUAUAAAGAUUAAGUAUAUUUGACUGGAGCAAUCAAAAUUUUGAAAUAUAGAGGCAAAUUAAAUUUUAUUCAUUUACAUAGUGGAAAAAUAACAAUUAAAGAUUGUAUACGUUUGGGAGAAAUUGGAUAAAUAUAUACAAAAAAUAUUUAUAUUCCACCAUUUUUACAAGAAUUAGAAUAAUAUAAAAGAGGUUUGGAUAAAAUAGCAUAAUAAAAUUUCAUUAAUUUUGUAUGUUGA